AUGUCUCGAAAGGGCAUUGGCAUCGCUGCGUUUGACCGGUCUCGCUUGACCUCGGCGCAGUAUGCCUCCCACGGUUCCAACCUGCGCAGCAGCAAUGCGCAAGCCCUCGAGACACAGCUAUCUGUCUUUCGCUCCCUCCUCCAGCAGUUUGCACAAACCCACGCGAAAGACAUACGUUCCGACCCUUCGUUCCGCGCGCAGUUCGCACGCAUGUGCUCUGCCAUCGGCGUCGACCCCCUUGCCUCUUCGUCUUCGUCGGGCAGCGGCGGUUCGUCGUCUAUAUGGGCACAACUGCUGGGCAGGUCGGUCAACGAUUUCUACUUUGAACUGGCAGUCCGGGUGGUUGAAGUGUGCGGUGCGACGCGCGACGAGAACGGCGGGUUGAUCGGCGUGCGCGAAGUGCGGGAGCGCAUCAUGAAGGGCCGGAUGGAGGGCGCGAGCGAGGUGACGGAGGAUGACGUAUUGAGGGCCGUCGGCACUCUGAAGCCGCUGGGCAGCUCGUUUAGUGUCAUCAAGGUCGGAAGUAAGGACUAUAUUCGGAGUAUACCCAAGGAGCUCAACACCGACCAGAGCGCCGUGCUGGAAGCUGUGCAGGUGCUUGGAUACGUAAGCAUAUCGAUGCUCAUGGUCAACCUGCGUUGGCCAAAGGCGCGGGCGCAGACGGCGUUGGAGGAUCUUUUGGGCGAGGGCAUGCUUUGGGUUGACAAACAGUGCCCAGAGUGGGAGUACUGGAGCCCCGGAUUUAUGGUGGACACCGGAGACGCGCCGGCCGGGGAGUGA